AUGGAAGCCGAUUCAGAACAACAGUUGGCAGAAACAGCUGUGCGUUGGCAUUGGAGCUUGCCGGAGGAAGAAUGUCUAGCUCGGCUCGUCAAUAAACACAAGAAAAAAGCUGAAGACGGUGAAACUCAUACAGGAAAUCUCUUUGACGAGGUAGCCAUCGAACUCAAUGGACUGGGAUUUGGCAUAGAAAGAACUGGUGGUGCAUGUGCCAGUAAAUGGCGUCGAAUGAGCGAUAACCAAUCAAAGCUGCGUGGCAACACAUUGUUAAAUGGCUCGAAUUGGGAUUAUGACUUUGAUGACACUGGAGACUUUAUCACAGAUGAAGAUGAAGUUGACAAAGGUCCCAAUAGCAUGAUUGAUAAAAAACCAGAAGAUAAAGUCAAAGGUUAUUUUAGAUCUUCAGAUGCUUGUCAUCACUAUUGGAAUACCACAGGUCGCGAGUUGUGGGACUAUGAUGAGCGAAUUGUUGGAGAUUUCAAGACGAAUGAUGCACGCAAUGCAAAGGACAUAAACUCUUCCUUCAAGACCAAUGAAAGAGCAGUUGGGGACGUCAAGAAGUCAAAAAGAUUUACACCUAGCCAGAUAAGUGAACUGAGUCAAUUAGCUAAAGAAACACUCAAUCCAUCCACGGAGCAAAAGGAGAAAGUUGCGAAGGAUCAUGGCAUCAGUAUUUUCCAAGUUUCGACCUAUUUCGCAAAUAAGAGAUCCACCCAAAAGAAGGAAAUGGCAAAAAACGCGUUAGACCACGAAAAUUCCAAACGGAAGCAGUCUGGAAGACUGGAAGCAGAGUUCGCUGAUGGUAACGAGUCGACUGUUGCUCGAGCAGAUGAUGUUUUGAGGGACACAAAGAAACUCAGACUGUCAAGUUCCUCCCACAUAGCAUUUAAUAAUGAUGAGAAGAGUGCUAAGCUACCAUCAGGUAUCGAACAAGAUUAUAUUCGUAAGCAUUCUGCCUCACCACCAUUUCCAAGCCCCACGAGACUGUACCCACCCGACAAAGACUUUAUUGGAUCGAAUGCCCCUAUCGAAAUCAACGGUUCACCUAUGCGCCCCACAAGCACCAUGAAAGAUGCACCGAAUUCAGAUGACGAGGCUGGGUUCAAAGAGAUGCAAGAAAUGGUGCUCGUUCAGCGUCGCAGAAUCGAGGAAAGAAUUUCAGCAUCGAUCGAUAGACGAAAGCAACUGGAAUUGGAAACAAUUAGACAUCAAACCAGUGCGGAUAUGGGGCGAGAGGCGGCGAAGGAACCCAGAAAAAAGUUGACGAGGAAUUCAAGGUCGAGGCUCGAUUGA